AACUCCUGAGGGAGCUGGGGGGGCUCAGCCUGGAGAAAAGGAGGCUCAGGGGGGACCUUUGGGCUCUGGAACCCCCUGACAGGAGAGGGAAGCUGGGGGGGAUUGGGCUCUGCUGCCAGGGAACAAGAGACAGGAGAACAGGGAAUGACCAGGAGAUGUUCAGGUUGGACACCAGGAGGAAUUUCCCCAUGGAAAGGGCUGUCAGGCACUGGCAGGGGCUGCCCAGGGGGGUUUGGGGUCCCCGCCCCUGGAGGUGCCCAAGGAAGGAUGGAGGUGGCACUCAGUGCUCUGGGCUGGGGGACAGGAGCACCUUGAGUGAUGCCCAAGAAGUUCCAGGGGGAAAACACCAAGUCGGCUGCUGCCCGAGCGAGGAAAGCCGAGGCCAAGGCAGCGGCCGAUGCCAGGAGGCAGCAGGAGCUGGAAGAUGCCUACUGGAAGGACGAGGACAAACACGUGAUGAGGAAGGAGCAGAGGAAGGAGGAGCGGGAGAAGCGGCGGCUGGAGCAGCUGGAGCGCAAGAAGGAGCUGCAGCGCCUGCUGGAGGAGGAGGACUCCAAGCUCAAAGGGAAGUCACCCAAGCAGGUCACUCCAGGGAAGGUCACCAGGGCCCAGAUCGAGGAGACGAUCAGGAAAGACCAGCAGCAGAAGGAGAACACGGAUACAGGUUUGGGAAUGCCAUGGAAAGGCCCUGGCGA